GAUUUGUGAUUGGCAGGAGAGACGUGUGGCUGGGCGAGGACUGAUUGGCAGCCGCAGCCGGGGACUAGACGAAGUGUGGCUGGUAGCCGCAGUCGGAGGCGGGGCGACGCGUGAUUGGCAGCCGCGGCCGGAGGCGGGGCGACGCGUGAUUGGCAGCCGUGGCCGGAGGCGGGGCGACGCGUGAUUGGCAGCCGCAGCCGGGGACUAGACGAAGUGUGGCUGGUAGCCGCAGUCGGAGGCGGGGCGACGCGUGAUUGGCAGCCGCGGCCGGAGGCGGGGCGACGCGUGAUUGGCAGCCGCGGCCGGAGGCGGGGCGACGCGUGAUUGGCAGCCGCGGCCGGAGGCGGGGUGGUUGUCCUGACUGGAUUGCGGAGUUUGAACGGCGACAGGUCGACGAGCGGUGACCGGCUAUAUUCCUUCAAUCCCUGUGCUGGUCUUCAUACCCUUGAUAGACUGUGGCUUGUCUCCUUUCACGUACCAGAACCACCUUGCUUCCAGGACCUGGUAGUGCAGUGUCCAAAGGUUGCAAGAAGGUAUUGCUGUGAAGAUGUCGCAUCUCAGUGAUUGCAUUCACUUGGAAUCAGUGGGCGAGGUGACGAAAGAUGAACUGAUUGAGAAGUCUCAUGGCACUUGUCAAGACUGCAAAGUUGGAGGCCCGAACCUCUGGGCAUGCUUGGAGAAUGGCUGUCCCUAUGUUGGAUGUGGAGAAUCCCAUUCAGAUCACAGCACUAUCCAUUCCCAGGAAACCAUGCACAAUCUUACGGUAAACCUCACCACCCUGCGAGUUUGGUGUUACGCAUGUGGCAAAGAAGUAUUUUUGGAACGGAAGCUUGGACCUCCACCAGUGCAAAAUGGGAGAAUGCUUCAGGUGCCUGAAUGCCAGGAGUCAUCUCCUGAGCAGUCACCGAAGGAUCGUAAUACGAUAGUGGGAAGUUAUCUGGAUGCAGAAGCUGAAUAUGAUGACGUCAAGACGAGAGGUCUCACUGGUUUGAAAAACAUCGGAAACACUUGCUAUUUGAAUGCUGCUCUUCAGGCCCUUUCCAACUGCCCACCCUUAACAUUGUUUUUCCUUGAGUGUGGAGGGUUGGUGCAGACCGACAAGAAACCAGCUCUGUCAAAAAGCUACCAGAAGCUGAUGGCAGAAAUAUGGCACAAAAAUCGACCUAGCUAUGUUGUGCCUACAAGUCUGUUCCAGGGGAUUAAAACUGUGAAUCCAAUGUUUCGUGGAUAUUCUCAACAGGACGCCCAAGAAUUUUUGCGCUGUUUGAUGGAUCAACUUCACGAAGAAUUGAAGGAACAAGUAGCGGACCAGAUUGAAGAUACCCAAUGUAUAACCAUGGAAGAGCAAAUGGAAGAAGAAAACUUGUCAGAUAAUGAAUUUCAGUCUUGUGAUUCAUGUGCUGGCAGCGAUAAGGCCGACGGUGAGACCAACUCGAAGAUGUUGGCCGAAGAUCAGGGGGGAGACCUGGUGCAUGAGGAACUGAAGAACCACUUACCAGCUAAAAUCCGGCCACAAGAGAGAAGCUUGCUGCAUAAACUUUAUAGCCACGGUUCCGGAGAUGAUUUGGAUAAAGACACGGACACUUCUGCAGAGAUUACCACUGACGUGUCGGUGCACAGUUCUUCAAGACCUAGUAGUCCUAUGCUGAAUGAAGCAAAUUCAAGGCUGUCCAGCAGUCCGCCAAGAUCUGCUUCAGUGUGGGGAGGUCUUGUUUCCUCACACAAAAAAGUUGCCUCUUUUACACCGCUUAAAAAGAGAAAACAAGCAAAGUACAAGAGUGUUAUCUCUGACAUCUUUGAUGGUACAAUUGUGAGCUCAGUGCAGUGUUUGACUUGUGAUCGGGUGUCCACCACUUUGGAGACAUUUCAGGAUCUUUCCCUGCCUAUCCCAGGUAAAGAAGAUUUGGCCAAACUUCAUUCCUCAAGUCACCAAAUGUCCUUGGUAAAAGCAGGGUCAUGUGGUGAGGCCUACGCUCCACAAGGUUGGAUCGCAUAUGUCAUGGAAUACAUUAAGAGUUGGUUCUGGGGUCCUGUUGUAUCCUUGCAGGAUUGCCUGGCUGCCUUUUUCGCUAGAGAUGAGCUGAAAGGUGACAACAUGUACAGCUGUGAAAAGUGUAAAAAGUUGAGGAAUGGGGUAAAAUUCUGCAAAGUGCUAAUGUUGCCAGAGAUUUUGUGCGUUCACUUGAAGAGAUUCAGACAUGAACUCAUGUUUUCCACUAAAAUCAACAACCAUGUAUCGUUUCCAUUAGAAGGACUUGACCUUCAGCCUUUUCUAGCUAAAGACAGCCCUUCUCAAAUCACGACUUAUGAACUUUUAUCGGUUAUCUGCCAUCAUGGUACAGCCAGUUGUGGCCAUUACACUGCUUUUUGCCUAAAUGACCUGAAUGAUCGAUGGUACGAAUUUGAUGACCAAACUGUAACACAAGUGUCUGAGUCAACCGUGCAGAAUGCAGAGGCUUAUGUGCUCUUCUACAGGAAAAGCAGUGAGGAGAUGCAGAAAGAAAGGCAGAGGGUGACUCAUCUACUGAAUAUGAUGGAGCCUAGUCUGCUCCAAUUCUAUAUAUCACGUCAGUGGCUGAACAAAUUCAAGACUUUUGCCGAGCCGGGGCCCAUCAGCAAUAAUGAAUUCCUUUGCAUCCAUGGAGGUGUCCCCCCUCGGAAAGCCAGUUACAUAGAUGACCUGGUAGUGAUGCUGCCUCAGAAUGUGUGGGACUAUUUGUACAGUAGGUUUGGAGGGGGGCCAGCUGUUAAUCAUCUCUACACCUGUCAGUACUGUCAGAUUGAGAUUGAAAAGCUUGAAAAGCGAAGGAAGAUGGAACUGGAAAUGUUUGUACGGUUAAACAAAGCUUUCCAAGAAGAAGAAUCACCCUCAGUUAUCUACUGUAUUAGCAUGCAGUGGUUUAGAGAAUGGGAAGGAUUUGUGAAGGGCAAAGAACAUGAGCAUCCUGGUCCAAUAGAUAACACCAAGAUAGGCAUUGGCAAGAACAGCCACCUCUCUUUAAAACAAGGAGCAGAUUCUGGCCAAAUUUCAGAAGAGACGUGGAACUUCCUGCACUCCAUCUAUGGAGGGGGCCCAGAGAUCGUUUUGCGGCAGAGUGUCAGCCUCCAGGAUAUGUCAUGUGUAGAAGAAAAAAAUGAGGUUGAAAUCCGUCCAGUCCAAUAAUGGUUAAAGCAAAUGUUUAAGGACUGAAACUGAGAUGAAUUAUGCUGAAUUUUAAGCAUUCCAGGAUGUGAGAUAUUUUCUGAAUAUAAUUCUUGCAGUGGCAUUAACAGUAUGUGUUUAGGGACAAUCACAAAGUAAUCCCUGUUUUGUAAUGUAGUUCGAUGUAGGUUUCUGGUUUGCCUGUACUGAAAGAUGAUUGUGUUUUCUGGGUGGUAUCUGAUGUAGAUUCGGUCUGUGAAAGGCCCAUGCACUGAAAGUGUACGAGUUUGAAACAAGUUGCUUAUAUUAAGUCGACUCAGGAAAGCACUGAUUUUUGUUUUGCACUGUGGAUGAAAAAUUGAAAAUUGCAAAUGCCUUGUCCUUGCUACUGUAAGCAGGUAAAAGAAUAUUCUUGAGAGCUCACAAAAAUUAUAAACCUGAGUCUAAGUGUAAUGUGUUGGCCAAGUUAACUAAAUGUAUACAUUGAUAGAAAUUAUAACAUCUUGUAAAGAGAGCCAUUCAGACCAAUAUUUUUAUGCUGGCUCUUCAACUGGAGCUAUCUAAUUUCCUGUCUCUUCCUUUUGGCAAUGCCUAUUAAAUAUCAAUAAUAUAGCAGCUCUCUAUAUAUAAUAUGUUUAUAUAUAGACAGAGAGAGUGAGCAUGUUCUUGUUUACCAAUUUGCAAACCAAUGGUAAUUAUCUUUCAUUGCUUACAUCCUUUUAAUUUUUCAUUAUUGUGAAAACUUGUUAAAUUACUUUGACCAUCUUGGUUGCUGUAGAACCACUCCCAAUUCUAUAAUAGCACUCAGUUGCUAUCAAUUUUGUCUGAGUUAUGCAAUUGUGGAUUCAAACGCCCCUUCAGGGAUUUGGACACCUAAUUGAUGCUGGGAAUGCCAAGAAGGUGCUGUAUUGUUGGAGGUGCUAUAGAAGUCCCUGAUACUCCAGGCAAAGGAUCAACACUAUGCCAGGGCAUUCUCUUAGCUGCUCACCUGCUGAGGGAAUUGUGGAUGCUGUCCACCUACAUAUGAGACUGUCAGUGUAACUCCCACCUCCAGGUUCUAAAGAUUCCAGAAUCCUGACCCAACCAAUUCCAUCAAAAGCAUAUUGGUAUUUGUGUAUAAUCUACUUAAGACUGCAUGAUUUUAAAGUAAAGCAUUUUGGGCUGCUUGAGAGGAGAUGUAAUAUUUUUCCUCAGCUACUAGCUACAUAUUGUUGCUGAAAUUUUCCCACACCAAUUUUCUGCAUAUUGCUUUUAAAGAUCAUAAAAUGUGCAUGUUCCCUUUAGUGACAUCCGUGGACCUGAAUAUACCAAAGUGGCAGGCAGAGAAAGGCCAGCUGGUCCAUAAAGUUUGCUGACACUCAUGGAUGGAGCUCCAAGCCUUAGAAAUACCUCCUCUUGGCAGCUCGCUGAAGCAAAAUAGUUUUAUCACCAUCAGUGUAUGGAUUUUGCACUCCACCUUCCAGAUAAUCAAGUAAGGUAAACUCGAUGCACAAACCUUUCAUUUGUGAUAGAGUUAGGUUUAGACUCAUAAGUAUGAUUCUUGUGUAAUUUCUCAGGAGUAUUCCACUAAAAAUGCAGGUGAUUCUCCUCUAGGCAAAAAUUAUGUAGCUGAUGCAAAAAUGAGCCUGAAGCACGUUAGACUGACUAAUUACUCCUGUGCAACAACCUUGAGUUGAUCAUUUAAAUACCAGUCUUCUUAGCAUGUGCCUCAAAGGAAUGUUCCAUAAAGUUAAAACAAUGUGUUAGUGGGAAUGUGACACUUCUGUUUCCAACAGGUUUAUCCCUUGAGUGUUUUUGUAUUAAUUUAUUUUUUAAAUACGCAUAUGAAUCUCAACUGCAGCUAUGACUGAUUUAAGUUUAACUUGCACUUUGUAGAAAUUAUGACUAUCUUACUGCAUUUUUUAAAAAUAAUCAUUUGUAAGGAAUGUAUGAGUACUUUGAAGAAUUUAAUUGUACAUUAGUGGAAUCGGGCUCCAGCAGCGUUUAGAAUGAAGCACUCUCCCUCUCACCUGUGCAUGUUGUUUGACUUUAGGAUCAUAAAUGUGAAAAUGUGCUGCACUGAUAAAAGUAUGGAAUUGUGGAAGUAAAGUUGGAAUGCAUAAGUAGAGGAUGUUCUCUUUGCCUUUCAAUUCUCUAUGGUAAUGUUCAAUAAAAUAAGUGACAUG